UAUCCUAGUUAACCUGCCACACAGGGCGUGAUUUAUGGUUGCAUUUGCAAAGUCUUUCGAACAGGUGGUUUGGGCUCUCAGGAAAACACUCAGGAAGCACAGAUUCAUUAAGGUGUUGUUGUUGUUGUUGUUGUUGUUGUUGUGUCGUGUCGUGUCACUACACGCUACUGGAUUCCGGCUCUUUAAGGGAAGUGGGGAACCCAGUUUGCCUUUAGUUGAAAAAUGUUAUUCCAAUGUGUCUAACAUUAAAAACUUGUGUUACUUUAGAAUAGAAAUAUGGUGCAGUCUGUGUGCUCAGCUUUUCUGUGGCCAGAGGCACCACUGCAGGGUGAGGUGUGCAACUAACUAGGACCCUUAAAUGGAGGAGGCCCUCAGGAGCCAUUUCAUUCACAGGUUCUGCUUCAAGUCCACCUGAGUCAAUACACCUGUACAACAAACCUGCUUGGGUGGGUGGGUGAGUGGUUAAGCAGCUCUCAGAUGGACUCACUUUUCAGUUUCCCCCAAACUCUUGAUCUGAGCGAUGGAACUCUUGGUGACUGAACUGAAUGUGUUGCUCAAACUGCUAGACCAUGAGACCUUGAGCUCUGCUACCGAGGAGAAGAAAUGUGCCGUGAGGAACCUCCUGAAACAGCUGAAGCCCUCAGUCACAGGACCAGAAUACAUGUACAUGAACACCUCUGUCUGCAGAAAUGGCACUAGCUUUGUGGAAGCCCUUUUUGAGAACUUUGACUGCAACCUUAGUGAGCUGAAAGUUGAAGUAGAAGAAAAGAAGAAAGUCUCAACCCAAACAAACCAGUCUGCAACUAAACCUAUUACACUAGAUUCAGCACCUCCACUACCCACCACCCCACCUCCAGAGGACUACUAUGAGGAGGCUGUGCCACUCAGCCCUGGUACUGUGCCAGAAUACAUUACCAGCCGUGGUAGCUCCAGUCCUCCUAACUCCAUUGAGGAUGGAUACUAUGAAGACACCGACAACAACUGUCCCAAUAUCAGCAUGAACCGCCGGCGCAAAAACUCAUAUAAUGAUUCAGAUGCUCUGAGCAGCUCCUAUGAGUCAUAUGAUGAGGAAGAGGAGGAAAGGGGUCAGCGUUUAACCCACAAGUGGCCCUCAGAGGAGAACUCGAUGGCCCCAGUGAGGGAUUGCCGUAUCUGUGCCUUCCUGCUGAAGAAGAAGCGCUUCGGUCAGUGGGCCAAACAACUCACAGUCAUCCGUGAGAACAGACUUCAGUGCUACAAAAGCUCCAAAGACCAGUCUCCCUACAUGGAUCUGCCACUUAAUCUGUGCAAUGUCAUAUAUGUGCCUAAGGAUGGGCGAAAGAAGAAGCACGAGCUUCGCUUCUCUCUGCCAGGUGGAGAGGCUCUGGUGUUGGCUGUACAGAGCAAAGAACAGGCAGACAAAUGGCUCCGGGUGGUGCGUGAAGUAAGCAGUCUGGGGAAUGCAUUGGACAUCUCAGCAUCUCCCAUGAUCCCCAGAAAAAGAGAAAAAGAGCCAGAAAAAGACUUGGACAAGAGAUUGUCUGGUGAGAAACAUGCAUCAGAUUCAGAUAGCAUGGCUAGUGGAGAAUGUAGCCGAGAUAGCCGGGAGAAUGGUAAGCCCAAGCGGGUUGCUCUGUCAGAAUUAACAGGGACGAUGAGCAGAGCAGCAGGGCGCAAGAUCACUAGGAUCAUUAGCUUUUCCAAAAGGAAGCCACCUCUACCUGGAGAUACACGAACACAAUCACUUGACGGGGACCCUCGUUGUGGCUAUCUGAGCGUUUUGGUGAACCAGUGCUGGAAGGAGCAGUGGUGCCGUGUAAGAUGCGGCUCACUCCACCUUCACCAGGAAAAAGGUGAUAGAUGGCGAAGCCCACACACCUCCAUUGUCCUACGCGGCUGUGAAGUGGUGCCAGGCCUUGGGCCCAAGCACCCCUUCGCCCUCAGAAUACUAAGAGGUGGCACUGAGGUGGCAGCAUUAGAGGCGAGCUGCUCCGAAGAAAUGGGCCGUUGGCUUGGAGUUCUAUUGGCAGAAACUGGUUCUUCUGCUGAUCCAGAGUGUUUGCACUAUGACUACGUAGAUGUGGAGACCAUUGCCAAUAUUCGUACAGCUGCUCGGUACUCUUUUCUAUGGGCCACCUCCACAGAGUCGAGGACUUACGAUGAGGUACCUUAUGAGCAUACAGAGGAGAAUGAGAGGCUGAAGAAUGGGUAUUUAGUAAAGCGCCGGUCUGCUAGUAGUGACAGAAGUAUGGACAAGCCACAGAUCUCCCUUAAGCGCCACGGCUCUAACGCAAAUCAGUAUGGAAGGUAUGGGAAAACACGGGCUGAGGAGGAUGCACGCCGCUACCUGAGGGAGAAAGAGGAGCUGGAGAGAGAGAAAGACCACAUCAGGAAUGCACUGUUGUUGCUGCGAAAGGAAAAACGAGAAGCCAAGGAGAGAAUGAAGGUGGCAACAGAUAAACAACGGCUGGCACUUGAGGAGCGUGUGGCCCAGCUGGAGGAGAGCUGCCAGAUAAAGGAAGGUGAACGUGUGGACCUGGAGCUUAAACUCACUCAGGUUAAAGAGAAUCUGAAGAAAUCUCUGGCUGGAGGAGCUUUAGGGGCACCUGUAGAGACCAAACCAUUAGGCAAGAAGACCCAGAGAACCGAGGUACCAUACACUGAGUCAGUAGAAGCUUAUUCUGUCAGAAUUCCGGUCAACUGUGCCUCUGAAAUGCGAAAGCGCCCCCUAUCCAUCUAUGCAUCUACAAAGGGAAAUGUUAUGCAGAAAGCCAAGGAAUGGGAAUCUAAAAAAGGGAAGUGCUGAAGAUCCCCUGGACUGUUUUUUUUUUUUCCUUCUUUUUCUUUUUUUGUGUGCAUGUGUGUUCAAGUGAACACAAGAACCUGCAGCCACAUCCCUCAUGCAAACAUAAAACUGCACAUGUAUAAGCACAGUACUCUUUGUUUCUGUGUAACUGACAGAUCAAAUCAGAGUAAUCAGAUGCUUUUUUUGGGGGAGGGGGGGAAAGCACAAGGUGCAUAUACAAAUGUCAUUUUCUUUAAAUCAAUGAAAAAUGUCAUAAUGCUUUCAGUCCUACUACUUUGGAGAGUAUGAUUAUGUGGAGGUAUGUGGUACAUCUAAAUAACAUACUUGCUCCACUUAUUUUUACAGUACAUUGUACUCAGUCUUGGACAUUUUCAAAUUACAGUAACAGAAUUAGGUGACAAAAAUAUGAGACAGUUUACUUUUUGGGGUCAGGCUUGUAAGACAUUUGACAGGCAAUAUACAGUAUAUGUUGUAUUGGCCAUGGAAGUGGGGGAUCAUUGAAAGUGUAGGUUGAAUGUUGUUAGAAUGUGGUAAUAAGAGUGGUAUGUUCUUUAAUGAGCAUAUUGAAGAGAGCUGUGCAAAAUCACACAAACAUUAGCUUUUGCAUGAUUUUGCAUUUACUUAUAAAUUGUCCCUUCACGAGGUGAUGACUGCUGUUUUAUCAUUUAUUUUUUGUAAUGGUUUUGUCAUUGUAUGUGUAAAAACCUGGAAACCAUAACAAAGUGGUGCUAUUAAUAUACCUUUUACAAUUUUUAAUCUAGGCUGCAACACUAACAGCAAGUUACAAAUUACAAGGGCUGUUCUUGUAAUCAGCCAAAUCAGUAUUUUACUGAUGUUUUCAUGCUUCUCUCACUGUUUCCAAGACUACAAUUUCAAUGUGAUUAACACUUGCACUUUAUGGUCUUUGACAUGGAAUAAGGAACAUUGAUAAUAAAUGCCUCUAAAAUGCA